AAACAAUAAAGUGUUUUUUGGAGGUAAAAACAAGAGAAAUCAUGCCUUUUCUUUCAAGAAAUGGAAUUUUCCGUGCAAAUUUAUAUAUAAAAGUGAAAGAAACGAGAAAUUAUACAGAAUUUAAGCAUAAACUUUCUAAACCAACAUUGUUAGACCUUGAAAAACGAUGGGAAAACAUGUCUUCAGAUGAAAAAACAGAUAUACAACGUCAAUUAAAUGAACGACAACGUGGUCCUUGGCAUGACUUGACAAAAGAAGAAAAAAAGGCAGCAUAUUUUAUUGCCUUUGGACCAUAUGGACCACGAUCAACCAUUCAUCCUCCAGGGUUUUUUAAAAAGGUUGUUUUAGGAACAUUAGGCAUUCUAACUAUAUCAACAAUUCUAUUCUUUACUGUUCGCUCAUUUGCCGCACCACCUCCUCAUACUAUGACAAAAGAAUGGCAAGAAGCUUCCAAUGAGCUCCUUAAAACACAAAAUAUAGAGCCAAUCACUGGUAUUAGUAGUCAAGGAUAUAAAGGAAAAGGAAUGGUUCAAUCUAAAUAAAUAACAUAUUCAUCGAAUAAAUCCUGAUCUUAUAAUAUAUUUAGC